CCCUGUGCGCGCGCGCGCACACCCGCGCGUCUUCCAUUCUUUCUGGUUCUCUGCGCGUUACGGCGUGAAUUGCACUGGGAUCGCAGCGCAAUAACACGGUAGUAAUCGGCGACAGUGUCGUGAUUCGCAGGGGCAACGGUGCGAAUAAAUCGGCAGUCAUCAUCGCGCGGCGAUCAUAACGGGCUUGUGAGAAAAGGGGAUAAUGUCGUCGACUCUUGGCGCGGUGGAGUCAUGUGGUCGCGAUCAGCUCCGGGGAAGGCAGUGACACUUAGAACGCGCCUCCUGGAACGAAACGUGCCACCCGGAACGCCGCCUUCCGCCUCUUUCCACUAUUGAGAUGAUCGGCUUGACGGUCGAAUUGUUCGUCGCUGGUAUCGCGGCGAUGCGCGUAACGCGAGCCACUGCUCGCGAGAGAGGUGAAACGACGGUGACGACGAAGAGGAGAGCCCGCUGCCGUGCGUGAUCCGAUUUCGCGACUCGUAGACGCACCGCGCGCGCGCGCGAGCGCGAGCGAGCGCGGGUGACAAGGUCGGGCAUUACAAUCAGUUCGCGAUCAGUGAUUGGUGGAUAGAUGCGCUUAAGAUCGGCCCGGAAGAGAAGCAGACGGAGAUCCGAGCGCGGUGACGACGACGACCUAUGGACGAUGCGCAGGGAUCGUUAAAUCAACGAGCGCUGAACCGGUUUGUCCCUGCUCCCUGGUUCGACGCCGAUCGAUCGCCAAUCAUACGAAAUUACCGGGAGGGAAAGAGAAGGACUUACGAGUACUCCGCUCCCGAGAACAACGAGAGAGGGAGGGAGAGAGAAAGAGAGAGCGAGAGAGAGAGGGAAACGGAGGAAGAGAUUUUCAGUAAUAAAUCGGUCGAAAAUUGUUCGGAAUAAUGUUCCUGCGCAUCGACGAUAGGCUAUUACGUUUCGGGGUACUAUUUCUGUUGUGGAUAGGCUCGAGCCGCCAGCAAGAGGAGGACAUACCUCACAAUGAAGUGAAGAACUGGGCCUUAAAAUUUGGCGUUGAUCUGUGGGAGUUUGGUAAACAAGUUACUAAAAUGGGCGAGAUACAAAGGAAAUAUCAUGAAGUGGAGGCAAACAUCGCAAAGAAAGACGGUCUCGUCCUCGUUCGAGAAAUGGCUGCGGAAGUGAAAAACAUGAUGGACUUUAAAAUGAACGCCGUGAUGAGAUUAGUGGAGAGCGCCGAGCAAGCCGCGGUAUCAGCGCCGAGGGAAGGAAAUGUAUCGCCUAAGUAUUACGCCUCGCAUCGGCUUAACUUUGUUAGCGACGAGAAGGGUCCGGCCGGCAUGCAAGAGAUGUUCCUCGCCGCGAAUCGUCACUUCGACCAUUUAGCGGUGAAUGUUAGCUUAUCCGCCGUGCUUUUGCCAAGCGGAGUCAAAGACAACGAACGCGAAGUUGCUUCGGGCAUUCAGUGGAGCGAGUACCUAGAUCUCUUAUUUGUUAACAAUUACGAAAGCGAUCCCACCUUGUCGUGGCAAUAUUACGGAGCAACAACAGGAUUUCUACGUCGUUUUCCAGCGAUAUCGUGGCCGCCGAUGGAGGGCAUCGCCGGGGUCUCGAGACCUUCCUCACAUCAUCGAACCGUGCACGACGUGUACGACUUCCGCAUGUCAAAUUGGUUUGUCGGGGCGGCGAACAGCCCGAAAGAUCUGGCGAUACUAAUCGACAGCGCGACUUACACGUCCGAUAGAAAUCGCCGAUUGGCGAUCGCCACGACGAGGGUCAUCUUGGACACCCUGGGCCCGGACGAUUACAUCAACGUGUACCGCUACGGCGAGAACGCUGAAGAAAUCGUGCAGUGCUUCAAGGACAGCUUGGUGCAAGCGUCGCUGGAGAACAUUCAUGAGAUGAAAAUGGCGUUAACGUCCAUAAAGCACGAGGAUGCUGCCACUAAUAUUUCCGCUGCGCUCAGUACCGCUUUCGAGAUUCUGCAUAAAUACAAUCGUACCGGCCAGGGUAGCCAGUGCAACCAGGCCAUCAUGCUGAUCACGUCUGAUACUGAUGGCCCACCCACGGAAGUGAUAAAGCGGUACAACUGGCCGCACAUGCCCGUUCGGAUCUUCACCUAUCUCAUCGGUGGCGACAAGAGUCCCGAUCUUUGGAAUACGGCCUGUGCUAAUAAAGGAUUUUACGCGAGGAUAACGGACGCGGACGAGAUUCACAAUAAAGUUUUCGAAUACGUAAAGGUUCUAGCGCGGCCUAUGGUGCUCUAUCAACAUGAUCAUCCUAUUCAUUGGAGUCCCGCCUAUGUAGGUGGAAAGAGUAGUAGGUACGGUAAAGAGAAUCGCGGACAGUUGAUGACGUCCGUGACAGCUCCAAUUUUAGAUCGCCGCAAUUACACGGUGAAAACGGCCAAUUUGUUAGGCAUCGUCGGUACUGACGUACCUGUCGAGGAGAUUCAGAAACUCGUGCCGCCUUACAAGUUAGGAGCUAAUGGAUAUUCAUUUAUUGUUGACAAUAAUGGCAGAGUUCUGUAUCAUCCUGACUUACGGCCUCUUCCUGGAAAUACAGAAGUAAGUUACGGAGAAACGCUAAGGCCUUCUUAUAUAAGCGUAGAUCUGUCGGAAGUUGAGCUCGCAGAAUAUGAUGGCCCUUCGGCUCCCCCUAAUAAUUCGCUCCUACUCGAUCAUAUUUGUUUUCUUCAGUUGAGGCGCGACAUGAUCGAUCAAAAAGAAGGAGAAACGGACUUUACAAUCAAAAUGCAUUACGACGAUAUGAGAAGAGUUACUAUUAGACGACAUAACUAUUUUUACAAGCCUAUCGACGGUACUCCGUUCUCCUUAGGCCUAGCUUUGCCGGAAGGCUAUGGCAUGUUUGAACUGCGAGCUGAGCAGGAGAUCAAAUUCGCAAUUAUAAAUGUUACGGAGCAUUUCAAGGGGACCAACUGGAAGGUGCAUCCCGAUUGGGUCUACUGCGAAUACAACUCAGCUUCCGACAAGUUCUUUUCCUCCCCGGAGGACCGCGUCAUGCACUUUCUAGCACGGACGCGCAAACCGGGGUGGAAGUGGAUGUCCUUGAGACCAAGGAGUCCCAGCUCGCAUCACAAACAAGCGAGCAAGCCGGAUAAAGAUGCUUAUUAUUGUGAUAAGAAAUUAGUGCAGUCGUUGGUUCUGGAUGCUUUGGUGACUGAUGGACUCGAUAAAAAGGAGGGGCAGAGAAUGCAUAAAGAGGAAAAUGAAAACCCUAUUGCCAUACUGAUGGCUCUGCUGCACAGUCAAGGCAAGGGUAGAUUUGGUGUCACCAGGAGCUUCAUCGCGACCAGAAGCGGACUCCUGCGAUGGCACGAACAUCAGCAGAACGAUGACAGCUCUGAUGAACCGGGGUUCGCGGAGAGACACGCGAGAGCCAUGGAUUCAUCGUGGUACAAGCGCGCAGUGGAUCAACACUCUAUAGAGCCAGACAGCUUCGUCUUUAGUGUACCGUUCGAUGCAGCCGAAACGGCCGAUCCGCUUGUCACCGCCACCCAUGCAAUUUUUAUCGGAAAAGGUCACAAGGCUCCGGCGGCAGUGGUAGGUUUACAAUUUCAACACUCAUCCUUGGCGACUCAUUUUGUCAACAUCACUUCUACGUGUACCGGUACCGGAUGUAAGAAAAGUUGCGCCUCGGAGGAACUGGAUUGUUACAUUCUCGAUAACAAUGGAUUCAUUAUGAUAAGCGAACGUCAUGAGCACACCGGCAAGUUUUUUGGCGAAAUAGAUGGGACGAUAAUGGAUUCUUUAGUACAAGAUAGGAUAUACAGAAAAGUGAGCGUUAUCGACUAUCAGGGGACUUGCAGUCCACAAGAGUCUCAUCAAUCGUCAGCAUCUCGGACUUUGUCCCAUUCUAUUAUAAAAAUGACCGCAACAAUAGGCAAUUUUCUCUGGGCGUUGAUACUAAGUCUCAACAUUCAAGAUUUAUGGCGGACAACAUUGGCAUUCGCUAACGACGCGAUGCACUCAUUGGAUGAUAAUCUGAUGUUCAGCGAUAACGGGGAUAUGCAUAAUUUUGAGUCACUAAUACCUUCCGACUCGACGGAGGAGGGAGCGUCGGACGAAAACAAUGUAUUCGUUAGAUUUCCGGCAAUUGCACCGGCUACACCAGUCUCGUCGCCAGCUACACGAGCAACCUCCUCUCACUAUCCUCGAAAACUGCGCUCCUGCGAGAAGAAGACGGAUCUCUACAUCUUGCAACCCGAGCGGCUCAAUACUAGUGGCCAGAGCAAUCCUCUCAAAGGGAAGCUCACUAAUUGUCACAUAACUGGAUGCGAGAGACCGUUCAGCGUCCAGAAGAUCCGUCAUACCAAUCUGAUACUGCUGGUAGUCGAUACGCUAUGCCCGUGCGGCAGCAAACAGUUAAGCAUCGAGCCGAUCGAAGCUCUGACGGAACCAGGCGCUUGUACAGCAAGGAGAGAACGCCUAUAUCGACGAAGGCCACCGAAGUGCAUAAACUAUCACCCUGAAGAGAUGGAAAUCAAAUUCUGCGGCGGCGCCGGCCGCUCCUUUGGUUUCUCGUUGAGUCUCGCGAUUUUCUCAUUACUUGUUAUAGUGCGACUUGCGUGACUUUAUUGGGAUUAACCGCACACAUACAUACACGCAUACAGGUGCCAUGCGCACACACAUAUACAUACACGAAUGCAUACAUACAUACAUACGUUUACAAAUUACCUUUUUAAAAUGAAUUUAGCGUUGUCGUUUCUAUGAAACAGUUAUAAAGAAGAGGAAAUUAAGGAAGAAGAGAAACCGUGUGCUCUGAGUUCGCGGAUCGUCAUUACUACAGGCGAAAAAAAUGGUGUGAUAUAUAUGUACAGGGUGUCCCAUAACUCCCUUACCUUCCCGUUAACGGCGUAUAGUUGGACUCAGCCGAGCUCGAAAAGUCCUGUACCAUUUUGCGAUUUUCGCAAGUCCAAGCUAUACGCCGUUAACGGGGAGUUCCGGAGUUAUGAGACACCCUGUAUAUGUACACACACAAUAUACAUACAUAUAUACAUAUACAUAUCUAUGUUACGUACGUUACAUAUCCAAUUAUAAAUUCUGUUACGCGAGAAAGCCCUGAAUAUUUAUGUGUGCGACGAUCUCGUCGCGUGUACAUCGAGAUCCUCGACACCGGAUUCAAGCAAUAAAUGUCCCCUAUAUUAUGAUCGAAUAAGAAAGAGAAAUAGUCGGCAGAUUCAAGUGAGACAAAUUUAACGAUAACACACAGUGGAAGGAAGUUCGUAUUUUAUGUUGUAUCGAAAUAUUUCCUCUGUUAUAAUAUGAGCAAACAGAGAGACAGAGAGAGAGAGAGAGAAGCAUUUCGAGUGCAUUAAUUUUAUUUCUUAUAAAUACUAUCGUAGAAUUUGUAAAUUACGUUAAUGUUCUGAUGUUCAUUCUACCAUUAAAACAGCGACAAUUUGGCCGUAAUAACAAAAUAGUCUUUAAUAUUUUGCUCAGAAAGAGUUUUCUAUUCUACGAAUUCAACGAGUUUCAUAAAGCAAGUUUGCACUUUUAUGUUAAAUAUACAAAAAACCGCGACAAUUUUGCCGUAUUUUUCUUUUCCGUGCGACGGUUUUAAUCGAGGCAAUCGAUGAAUAAUCAUCAAAUCAUCGAUUGGAUUGACCAAUUCGACUUUUGAUAAUGAUUGUCGAAGAAAUUCAAAUAUGUUUAUUAGUAUUACGUUGUUGAAACCGAUAAAAAUUCUUUUAAGAUUCCUGGUUACUUAUUAUGGAUAUUUAUCGUGAAAUUUUACCGUUAUUUAUUUUAUCAUUAUUCACUAUUUGAAUCGGAAACGCCUGAAUCGGACUAGCGAUUUCUUCAUCUAUGUCUUUGAGUGGAUCUUUUUCAAGAUCACUCUGCUUUCAUCGCUUCGAUGAAACAAUGAAAUCUAUUCUCCACAAUCACGGCGCAAGUUACAUUUAAUCUGUAUAUUUCCUUUAAUAGAAAGCAUAUUAAAUAUUAUUUUAAACAAUCCACGAACCACUUCUUUUUACUUUUGUUAGGUGUAUUAGUGCUUUCCUAAUGUCAGUUAUUAUAGUCUCUGUGUUCUUUGAAAACAUUAUAUCUGAGUUCUCUUUAUUUCGAGUAUUUAAGCAUAUAUUGUACAACAGAGCAGUGACAUUUAGACUUCUAAAUCUUGUCCACUUUAUCUCUUAUUGUUUCAUAUUGACGAGUUUGUUUAUGAUACGACAAUAAUCGAUUUGUGUGGCUUAAACCCAAAUUAAUCAAUAAAGAUCAAAUCUGAUGAUGGGUGAGUGUGUUGACCCAUUCUGGAUAUUGUAAAAUCGUUACUAGAAUCGGUUUUCCGUUUAAACGGUUUGAAAUUACUGAGAAUAUUCUCGUAAUAUUAGCCAAGAAUUAUUUUUAUUUUAUAUUUAAAUAAAACCUUUCAUGUUUAAAUGUUAACAAAGAUCUUAUAGCGUGAAGAUGUGAGAUAAUACUCUGAUCGAAAAAAAGCUGCGUACAAUAAACAGAUUUAAAUUUCCAAAAUGAGACAAGGAGACAUCUCUCCUUCAUAAUUCCGAUAUUACACAGUAUUAUACAUUAUUUAUCUGAGCAAAAUCGAGUCUCCCUUAUAGAUAAGAGACUCACUUAAAAGUCUUCCUCCCCUUCGCAUUCCAUCGUAAUGCAAACUGAAUGUUUUUCAUGUUAUCGUCUCUAGAGAUACGUAGAUUGACUACUAAAAUUUAUGUCACUUAAAAUAGAUCGAUGCAGAUAGCGCUCAACUGUGCCGAAUGUCAAAAAUAAUCAAAAUAGAGCAGCAAUAAACGAGAGAUUAAUUUCUUUAUAAUAUUGAAAGAUUCCCACAAUCGAAAAGAGCGACUUUUAUGCACCAUCAUAGUUAACAAGAUACUUUUCAAACGUUUUACAUUUUGGUUAAGUCCAAAAUUAUCUACUAUUAUGUAACUAAAAUUAUGUCAUGUUCUAUUAACAUUAUCAUUAUCAUCAUCAUCAUCAUCAUCAUCAUCAUCAUCAUCAUCAUCACCACCACCAUCAUCAUCAUCAACAUUAUCAUCACCAUUGUUAUUAUUAUAUACAUUUCGAUCGUAUAAUUUUAUUAUAAUAUAAUAAAGUAAUUCAAUUUAAUUAAGUUUACGCACAAGCACAUUAAAAUCUCUCGUCAAAUCGAAAUAUCUCUCAAUUUAUAUCAGAAUUGCUAAAUGUGGCGAUAAAUAUUGGUUUAUUAGUAUAUGAUUAAUUUUAGUUAAAUAUAAAUGAUAUUAAAGAUUUUGUUAAUUAUUUAGUAUAACGGAGUUACCUCCAAUUAUCUUGACCUUUUGACACAUAUUAUAGAGAUCACCUUCCAGAGUAAAAUAUUCAAAAUAUUGAACGUUUGUAGCGUGAUAUUCGGAAACGGAAUUCCUCGAUACAGUACUUGACAUAAACGUUAUAUUCAUUAUAUAGCAGAAUUUCUGUUCGAACGAAAAUAUUAAUAUCGCAAACGUAUUGACAAAUUCUUUGAAAUUUGCUGUGUUGUAUCCUAUCAAAGAUUAUGAAAUAGAACAAGAUGAAAAAAUAUAAUUAUUAUUUGCAGCGAAGUCCCUUCCCCUGCACUUUCUCUCCACAAAAACCUAAUCCAACCCAUAACUCCUCGCUUCUCGUGGACAGUUGAAAAUACAUGUGAAAUCAUCAAAUGUCUUUUGUUAAUAAUUGUUUUUUACAACAAGCGAUGGUUAAAAUUUGCCGAAAGUUACUCGGGAAGGUGACCUCUAUAAUAUGUAUCAAGGUCAAGAUAAUUAGAGGUGACUCCGUUAAACUAAAUAAUUACUAAAUUAAUAACUGCUUGUAUUAAUAUUUAAUUAAUUAGUUGAAAUCUUUGUAUAAAUGUGUGUGAAGGAUCAUCCUAUUAUUUUUUUUAUUGAUUACUGAAUGAUUUAAAGAAAACGCGAUAGACUUCGAGUGUUUCGAAUGGAUUUUUAUAUGAAGAGUUAUUCCUUUUAUUAUCAUUAUUAUUAUUGGUAUAAUAAUGGUAAUUAUUAUUAUUAUCAUUGUUAUUAUUAGGUUCGUUAAACUUAUUCCUUCAGAAAAACGUGAAAUUUGGGGAGAGUAAAGCUACGAAGCUAAAGAUAGAUCUUUUGGAUUUACAUUAACGAAAUUGCACGUGCGCGCGGGAAAUGAUUGUCGCACGAUCUUGCGGAUGAAAUGUUUGUGAUUGCAUUUAUAUCCGGAUGUUGAAUUAAAUUUUUGAGAUAAUGUUACAAAUCCCGGCAAAUAAUAAUCCUCUGACAUGUUACAAAUGAUGAAUUGGAGACAAACGAUAAACAUAGAAAAUCAAUUCACUACAGCUGUGGAGAACUUUUCCAUCCAUGUCAGAAACGCACACACAUGAGAAUUACGUUGCUCCAAAAGAGUAUCGUACGAUAAAUAUCGUGCCGAUUGUUUGUUCCGUAAAAUAAGACGAAUGAAUUUGAAUUAGCUUCAUCUUCACAAUAUUAAUUAAUGUUAAGAGUAACAUUGCGCGCAUUAUUAUUUCUGGAGAGUGUACAUUUAAUAUAUAUAAAAAGAGAAGAUAAACUUACAUAUCUUUACAAAUUUAUCUUUAUCUUUAGAAAUUACAUAUCUUUAUAAAAUCACUUUGUACCUUCCGGAUACGUUAAAAAUUUCCACGGAAUUAUAUUAUAUGGUCAUGUGUGAUACAAUCAAUUGAACUUGUAGUAAUGGCAUUUCUAUGGAAAUUGAGAGUGCGACGCUUGGAGCAACGAAGUAAUCAAUAAAUCACCAG